CGCACAUUCCCUCCUCGGAGGCUCAUCAUCAAUCCUACGAUAUCUCCAUCAUGGGUCUCCUCACUUGUCUUCGCCUCAGGCGACGGAACCAGUGGGAGCCCAUGACGCUCAUUGACCACCUUCUCUCGUCACCUCUUACAUACCUCUCUUUUCUCUUCUAUCAGCUGGUCCUCCUUCUCCGUGGCCGCCCUUUCCAUCCACCCAGAGACAAACCCGCCAUCCGUGUUGUAUGCAUCUCAGACACGCAUGACCUCACCGUCGAUAUUCCCAGGGGCGAUGUCCUCAUCCACGCUGGCGACCUCACCAAUGCCGGCACCGUCGCCGACAUCCAGAAGCAGCUCAAUUGGCUCCGCUCGCAGCCGCAUCCCGUCAAGGUCGUCGUCGCAGGUAACCACGAUAGCUGGUUCGAUCCCAAGAGCCGACCCGAAGAGGAUGUUCGCUCUGGCGCCAAGCCUGACAUGGAUGGAUUGAUUUAUCUUGAGAGCGCAUUGACUGUGCAAAAGAUCAAGGGCCGCACUAUUUCCAUCUUUGGAGUCCCAGACAUUCCAAAUAUCGGCCCCAAGGAGUUUGCUUUUCAAUACACCGAUGAAGCUCAACCUUGGCUCAGCAAAGUUCCCCCUCAAACGGAUAUUCUCAUCACCCACUGUCCUCCAAAACAUCACCGUGACCUUGGUCUCGGCGACAGCCAUCUCCUCCGCGAGGUAUGGCGCGUAAAGCCCCGUCUUCACGUUUUUGGCCACGUCCACUGGGGCUAUGGUAAAGAGUCUGUCUACUUUGAUGAUCUCCAGGAGACAUAUGAGCGCCUCAUGUCACGUCCCCGCCGUGGUCUCAUCCGAGACUUUAUCCCCAACGAAGCAUGGCUUGAUAUCCUCCACCUUGUGAUUCACGGCAUUCACAGUGUAGCUUGGAAAUGGCUCAUGUCUGGACCCGGGAGCAACAAUGGCAGCCUGAUGGUCAACGCAGCUCAGAUGUAUGGAAGCUCGGGCAAGGUAAAGAACCGAGCCGUUGUUGUUGACAUUUGA